CUAUACCUCUUACUGUUGUUCUUUACAUAUCUGGGAUUUAUAUUCUCAUAGAACGCGUUUAUCUGAGACUUACUUUCUCAUUCACGACUUUAGAUCUCUCCCAAUUGCGCCGUCGUUGCAUAUUCUUCUUGGGCUAUCGUAACGACCUCCGGCGACCAUCCCGCAAUCGCAGACUCAGCUCGAGUUCUUACAGACCAGGAGCAUACACCAUACCAGCCAAAUUUAUUGCAAGAUCCGUUGCUGCAUUACGACGACUUCUUGUCUCACGCUAGGAUCAAGAACCAAAGACAAGAGCUUAGUGGGGCAUUCGGCUGCUGCCUUCUGCUACAUCUACUACGUGGCAGCUUCGAUUUUGGAUUUAAGAGCUUCUCUACCUAGAUUACACCGAGUCUUCGUCAAUCCUAUUCAACAUGUUCAAUAGAGACCGAGUUCCCGGCCUUCCCGGCAGUUCACCCCGUCCUCCUCAGCGCGGCGACGGAUACGGUCGACCGCCAACGCAGCAACAGCCACCACCACCGCAACAGCGAGGAGGAUACGACACUAGAAUGACAGGAUACUCAGAUUCACCUGCGCCGGGCUAUGGUCAACAAGUGCCUUCCCGGGGUCCUCCGCCUGGUAGGGGAGGUGGUGGAGGAGGACCACGCAUUUCGUUGAGGCCAGUCAAGAGUCCUGGUGGAAACGCAUACAUAUUCGGCAACCUGGUCGCCGUUUCUCCCCAUGACCUUCCCCCGUCCCGCGAUGGCUCCGAUAUCUACGUAGUUGUGAACGGCCGAUACGUACUGUCCGCUCGACCUACAGAGAGCUGUCAUCCAGGCGAGAUCGGGCUCACGGAUACCCAGCGAACUUGGGCCGGAAUCACUCUAGGCCCGCAAGAUAUCGUGAAUGUGGAACCAUAUGACGCUUUUAGCCAGGGUGGACAGACCUAUCUAGGAUCUAUAGAGGUGGAAGUGGGUUUCAUUGGAAAGAAGACAACUGACACCCCGUACGAUCAGGAUGAGCUUGCCGCACAGUUCAAGAAGAACUUCCAGAAUCAGAUUCUUGCUCCUGGACAGCAGCUUAUCAUGGACAUUCGCAGCUUUUAUCUGCGUCUAGUGAUACGCACAGUACAACUUGUCAAUCUUGGAGAGAAGCCGGACACAGAUUCAGCCACUCCUACAACACAUCCCGAGGCUCGAGGUAUUCUGACGAAUGAGACCCAGAUCGACUUCUUCAAAGAUGCACGUUCUGAGAUUAAGCUAAAGGCGUCCAACAGGCGGCCUGCAGCUAACUCUAUCGUACAGCCAGGUUUCAAGUUUGAGGACAUGGGCAUUGGAGGACUUGAUACCGAGUUCAGCGCCAUUUUUCGAAGAGCAUUUGCCUCUCGUAUCUUCCCCCCUGGCUUGGUGGACAAGCUUGGUAUUCAGCACGUCCGCGGUAUUCUAUUGUACGGCCCACCAGGAACCGGAAAGACCUUGAUCGCUCGCCAGAUUGGAAAGAUGUUGAACGCCAGAGAGCCCAAAGUUAUCAACGGCCCUGAAGUUCUUAAUAAAUAUGUCGGCCAGUCCGAAGAGAAUAUUCGAAAGCUAUUCGCAGAUGCAGAGAAGGAAUAUAAGGAGAAGGGCGAUGAGAGUGGACUACACAUCAUCAUUUUCGACGAAUUAGAUGCUGUUUGCAAGCAGCGAGGAAGCAGUGGUGGCGGCACCGGUGUUGGCGACAGUGUGGUCAACCAGUUGCUUUCCAAGCUGGAUGGUGUAGACCAGCUUAACAACAUCCUGCUCAUUGGUAUGACGAAUCGAAUGGAUAUGAUCGAUGAGGCCCUCCUCAGAGCUGGCCGUCUGGAGGUGCACAUGGAAAUCAGUCUACCUGACGAACAUGGCCGAGCCCAGAUUCUCAACAUUCACACCACAAAGAUGAAGAAGAAUGGAGUGAUAGAUAAUGAUGUCAACAUUCCCGAGUUGGCAAAAUUGACCAAGAACUUUUCUGGUGCCGAGAUCAACGGUCUUGUAAAGGCAGCAUCGUCUUUUGCCUUUAGCCGACAUAUCAAGGUCGGAACGAUGGCAGCAAUCAACCCCGACGUCGAGAACAUGAAGGUCAAUCGGGCGGAUUUCCUGCAGGCUCUCGAGGAGGUCAAGCCACUGUUCGGCGUUGCCGAAGAAGAGCUCGGCAAGUGCAUCCGGGGUGGCAUCAUAAGAUACUCUGACUACAUUGAAGAGAUCCUCAACGAGGGCAAGCUGUUUGUGAAUCAAGUGCGGAAACCAGAUUCGACGCCAAUCCUGUCAGUGGCCCUGCAUGGCCCACCUGGAAGCGGGAAGACGGCGCUGGCAGCGGACAUAGCGAUGAACUCAGAAUAUCCUUUCAUCAAACUGGUGUCACCCGAAGACAUGGUCGGGUUUAGCGAGAUGCAAAAGGUACAGCAGCUUGACAAGACAUUCCGAGACGCGUACAAGAGCCCGCUCAGCGUUAUCCUAAUCGACAAUAUCGAGCUACUCGUUGAUUGGGUACCCAUUGGGCCCCGUUUUAGCAACACGGUGCUUGUGGCACUGAAGGUCCUCCUUGCGAAGGCACCUCCCAAGGGCCGCAAACUACUCGUCCUCGCGACGACUACCGAGCGUACGGUGCUCACGCAGCUAGAUCUUUUCAGCCGCUUCGAUGCCGACAUUGCGGUGCCGAACGUCAACACGCAGGAUGAGCUUAGGAAAGUCUUGACUGAAUCCGGCGCGUUCUCAGAUCAGGAUAUCGCGGGCAGCCUCGAGGAGAUCAGAAGAUAUGCAGGCGAGGAAGUGGGCGUCGGCAUCAAGAAGAUCUUGACAGGUAUUGAGACGGCAAAGCAGGACACCGAUGUGCCAGGUCGCUUCGCAAGGGUCAUUUCGAGCCAGAUCGCGGCCAACAGGCAUCUAUGAUCGAUGCCAUGCCACGCCAUGCCGAGCACAAGACUCGGGACCAAAGAGUCGGGAGCCCGAGGGGACCAGGGAUUUGUGCUCGAUUGGUUCCGUGUCAGCUGCGUGGGGAAGUGUGUGAGGUGAGGUGAGGGCGAUGGGGGAGUUGUAACCAAACGAUGGCCGUGACCAUAUGGAAUAGAUUUUCAAUCGAAGUAGUACGAAAAGAAACGAUUUCUAC